AAGAAGGACACCUCUAUAUAUUAAUGGACACUUAUGAAGCAAGCUGUCCUGUGAGAUCUAGAGACAUGACCACCCAAUGAUUAAAGAUUCACCGUUUCAACUUACCAACAAUGCUGGCUUUUGCUUGGUUAAAAUUGAUUCUGUCUGCCAAGAGAUACGUUGGACAACUGCUGGACGGUUGCUGGUACCUAGGAAAAAUAAAUGUCUGGGAGUACCAGGGAAAACUGUAGGGAGUGAUGUGAGCUUCUAUGAUUGUGAUGAAACAAGCGAACUCCAAAGGUGGGAAUGCAAGAAUGAAACGGUUCUCGCCCUCCAAGGCGAACAGCUUUAUGUUGAGCUCAAAGCAGAUAACAAUGCGGUACUGUCGAAAGCAGCAGGACCCAACAGCCAACUCAAAAUUUCAGGGACAUCUAGCGGAGCUUGCACAAGAACAUACAGAGAACUUUACACAAUUGAAGGAAAUGCAGCAGGAAGGCCCUGCAUGUUCCCUUUCCUAUAUAAAAACCAGUGGUACUCAAGUUGUACUUUGACCGACUCUGUAAAUAACCGUCCUUGGUGUGCUGUUGAAACUAAAUAUGAGCAUGAGACCUGGGGCUUUUGUCCAACAAACGCUAAGGACAACUGGAUCCAACACCCAACAAGCAAAGCAGUUUAUCAGCUGAACCUGGAGUCCGCUUUGACCUGGUCAGAGGCUGAAAGAAGCUGUAAGCAGCAGAGCGCCUCCUUGCUCAGCAUCAUCGAUCCUCACGAGCAGGCUUAUAUCACAGCGCUGCUCGAGCCGGGAGGUACCCCACAAGGAUACAAACUGUGGACUGGGCUCACUCUGGAGUCAGAACAUGGCUGGAAAUGGUCUAAUGGGAACCCUUUUCGUUACCUUAACUGGGAUUCAGGACACCCACUUCACAAUCCAGGAUAUAGCUGUGGAAUGAUGGAUGGUGUUUUGAGGUACUCUUGGCAAAGUUCAAAAUGCAACAAGAAACUGGGCUACAUCUGCUACAGUAAAGGAGUCCUGGCUUCUCCAACUGAGAGUCCUGACACUGGAUUCUGUUCAGCACCAUGGAUUCCGUACAAUGGCCACUGCUUCCAACUGUAUCGUAAUAAAAUAAGCUGGUCUGAUGCUCAGUUAGCUUGUCGUAAGGAUGGGGGAGACCUUGUAAGCAUCCGCAAUGUGGAGGACCAAAGUUUUGUCAUCUCUCAGCUAGGAUAUGCCUCAGCUGAUGAGCUCUGGAUUGGACUAAAUGACAGGAAAACAGAAGGCCUGUUUGACUGGAGUGACCACACCACAGUCAGCUUCACCAGCUGGGAGUUUGGAAGACCAGCUGUUGCUACGAACCAAGAGGAUUGUGUUCUCAUUAGGGGAGAGGGUGGAAAUUGGUCAGACCGUGACUGUAAGGAGAAACAUGGCUUUAUUUGUAUGAAAACCAGUGCUUCUGAACCAUCUGGGGCUGAAGUACCGAAGGACGAAGGAUGCAAAACUAGUUGGAAAAGAUACGGUUCCUACUGUUACUUUAUUGGUACUGAGAUAAAGACUUUUGAAGAAGCAAAAGCAGACUGUGAAAGAUCAAAUUCCUACUUGGCAGAUGUUUCAACCAGGAUGGAUAAUGCCUUCUUAGUCAGUUUGGUGGGCCUGAGAUCAGAGAAACAUUUCUGGUUGGGACUUUCAAACCAGAAGAACCGAGACAUUUUUGAGUGGACCAACACGGUAUCUGUGAGAUAUACUCACUGGAACGGUGAAAUGCCAGGCCACAACCAGGGUUGUGUCGCGAUGGCAACUGGUGGUUCUGCAGGCCUCUGGGACGUGUUGCCUUGUACCAAUAGAGAGAAAUACAUCUGCAAACAUCUGGCCGAGGGGGCAGUUGUGCCUCCUGCACCAACAACUGCUCCCUCUUCUCGGUGUGCUGACGGAUGGACCAAAUUCACAACAAGAUACAUCUGCUAUAAGGUAUAUUACGAGGAAAGUGAAACAAGGACAUGGUUUGAGGCCAGGGAUUACUGCCGAGCAAUUGGAGGAGACCUACUAAGCAUCCACAGUGCUAGUGAAUUGCGACUGCAGAAACGCAGUCCUUACAGUUAUAGAAAUUUCUGGAUUGGACUUAGUGCCCCUGACCAAGGCACUGGUUAUGUGUGGAGCGACGGAUCCCCAGUAGACUUUCUGCACUGGGCAGAUGGAGAGCCGAACAACAAGAACAAUGUGGAAUCUUGUGUUGAAUUUAUUCCAAGCAACUGGCAUAAAACAGGAUCUUGGAAUGAUAAACAAUGUGAAGCUUAUAACAGGUUUAUUUGUCAGAUCCCUACAGGAGUUAUUCCCAAGCCACCUCCACCCCCCGCAACUAAAGAUUAUAACGUUACCUCUGAUGGGUGGCUGGAAUGGAGGGGAAAUCAGUAUUUAUUUCAAAAAACACGAAUGGCUAAUGAAGAUGCUCGGCAAUCCUGCAAAGAGAAACAUGGCGACCUUGUAACCAUUGACAGUGAAGCAGAACGUAUUUUUCUUUGGAAACAGAUACACAAAGUACAUGAUACUGUCUGGAUUGGUCUAACUGUGGAUCUCGACAAAUCAUUUGAGUGGAUGGAUGGUUCUCCAGUGAUUUAUCAAAUGUGGGAUGAAGGACAACCUAACUUUGCGAAUUUUGAUGAAAACUGUGUUGUCAUGUCUCUGCUCAAUGGAUUUUGGCAUGAUUACAACUGUGGAUUUGAAUUCAAGUCUAUUUGUAAGCGCAGUAGCUCACCACCUGUCAAUGCUACUGUGGCUCCUACAGUGCCACCUAAAGGUGGCUGCCAACAGGGAUGGAAAAAGUUUAACUAUAAGUGUUACAAGAUCAUAAACGACCAAAAUUUAACGUGGCAUGGAGCUAGGGAACAAUGCAAAGACAUGGAUGGAAACUUGGCCUCUAUUCGCUCAAGACAUGUGGAAGUCUUUUUAUUGUCUGAGAUGCUCAGUGCUCCAACUAUAGAUCUGUGGAUUGGUCUUCAUAGCACUUAUGAAAAUGGAUUUUUCUGGACUGAUGGACGGCCAAAAUCAUAUCUCAACCUGAGAUAUUUUGGCAGGCAUUGGCAUCCAAUCAUGUAUCGCCAUCACAUGUUAAUGGAUUUUGAUGAUGACGAGAAAAACUGUGUUGUCAUCAACACAAAAUCUUCCCUUGGAAUUGGUAAAUGGAUACCUAAGUCUUGCAAUGACACCAAUGGAUUUAUAUGUCAAAAAGAUGUUGACCCAGCUGUAAAUGAUCCUCCUGAACCAACAAUUUCUAACAACUACUUCAAAAUACCUAAUGAUUCCAUCAAGUUUGUUCCUGAACAAAUGAGCUGGGAUGCAGCUAAGAAGCACUGUGAAGCUGAUGGUGCCCAGCUGGCCAGCAUGCGAACUGAGUGGACACAGGCUUAUGUUGAGCUGCUGGCUAUGAAUCUCAAUCAUUCUAUAUGGAUUGGACUCAACAAACUGCAGGCCAAUGGCUAUUUCAGAUACAUUGCUGGGUGGCCAUUGCGAUUUACUCAAUGGGGUAAAAAUGAACCACGUAGAAAUGGUAACUGUGUCUAUGUGGAUGUGGAUGGAAAAUGGAAAACUGAUGACUGCAAUCGAAACAUCAGCAGUGUUUGCAUGAAGUCUACAGACAUACCACCAAGAGAUGAAUCAAAUGAUUUUCCUGGAAUUUGUCCAGAAGACCCAGACCCAACUCAUACAUGGAACCGCUACACCUGGAAACCUUUCAGAGGUUUCUGUUACAUGUUUUCCUCUGAGGAGAUAGAGUGGCAUAAUGCAGUUACCAGAUGUAUGGAACAUGGUGGAGUCCUCGCCAGCAUUGCAGAUGACCGUGAACAGGAGUUCAUACAAAAUAACAUUGCAACAUCAUUUCAAGACAAACAUACAUCUUACUGGAUGGGCCUGUUCAGAACUCAAAGAGGAGAAUGGUUAUGGUUAGAUAAAACGGUCAUGGACUACACUAACUGGAAAAAUGAUGGUCGCCCUUGGUCAAGAUUCCCUAGUAGCUAUGGUGUGAUAACAGCAGAAGACGGGACAUGGACUUCAGGGAGGCGAUGGGAUGAUAGAGCUUACAUCUGCAAAACAGCCAAAGUGUUAUUACCAACACCAUCGACAUUGCCAACUACUGGCAUAUUCUCUCAAGGUCACGGUCACACGGCUUUAAUAACUGUGUUAGUCAUUGCUGGAAUUGCAGUGGGAACAGGCAUUGCCUUCUUCCUGUUCAAGAAGACUGGUCGUCACAUACCACCCAUACAAAUCCCUGCAGGGCUAACUGCCUUUGACAACCCGCUUUUCAGCAACAACCGGUCGCAGCCAGACUUGGUGGACACUAAAAAUCUAGUGGGAAAUGCAGAUGAAGAUAACUCUCAACCCGUGAUAACUAUAUAAGUUUAAAAGCAACAAAAUUGGGAAUGAAGUAUUGGAUGUUUGGGAUUCUGGUCCAUUGGAAAAAUCAUAGAAGUGUAAUAUUACAAUAAUAUUACAAGUAGCAUGAAUGAAAUUGUAUUCUAAACUGCUGUAAAAGUUUUCUUUUUAAAAAAAGUAAUGACUCUGUCUAAUAACACUAAAAAUGAAAAUGAUUCAAUUAUUUCAAAUAAGGUGAAAAUCGAAUAAAACUUUGUGUUCAGCCAAUACAUCCAAAUACCACAAACCUUUUUUCUAAUACUAGUAGUCUGAACAAAGCUAAGGCAAGCACUAAGACCCUUAAAUAAGAUGCCUUAAUUCAUCUUAAAUUGAAAUUAUUGUAAAACAUAGGAAGCCUAAAUCUAAGUUGACGCAAGCAAAAGAAAAGUAGAGCACACUCGUUAACUCAAAGCAGUCAUAUAAAUCAGGUAGAGUCAAGUUUAAAAUUAUUCAUACCCUUGACAGAUUUAGAUUCUAAUUAUUUGCAUUCACCCUCAGUUUGUUUUUUCAUUGGAAAUAACCCAAUCACCUCUCUGAGUAUAGCAACACAUUGUACAAAAAAAAAUAAAUACACAUGUGUGUAAAAUAUGUCUUUAUUUACAUUUUAAUUAAAAAGAAUUGUCAAAAAUGAUUUGUACACUUCACAAUUAUUAAUGAAACAUCCUUGUCGUAACACCAUGAAUGUCUGUUUACAGUGGUAUUUGUAAUGACUAAUCAUGCUAAUGUUUAGCUUUCUCCAAACAUUCUCUGUUGUUUUUUUAUCAGUUAAGAAAAUCACUUUAAAUCUAUGUCUGGCAGGUGUGUCAACAAUUUUAGGCAUUGCAGUAGAAAAUAUUUAAAUAUUAUUUGAAAAAUCUAAACUUUCUUUGUCAGAUUGUUGUUUCUGUAGUAACAUUCUAAGAUGUGAAACCUGCUAAUAAACCUAUUAAUCUUUUUACACUAUACAUAGUUUUCUUUUUCUUUUUGUCUCAUUAACUCCAUUGUAUUAUAAAUGGAAUAAUUAUGAAAUUUAUGUGAUUAAUCUUGAAUCUUUCUGAAUGAUUACUUGAGAACUGUUGUUGGUUGGAUUAAACAUUUCUGGACAUGGA